UUUACUUCAAAGGAGAUGAUCAAGAUGGAAUAUAAUACAGAUACAUAUAUACAAAAUAACAAAUGGUAUACUUAAAGUACAUUGAGUGUUUCUAUUCACCUUCUCUCAUAUUACUAGAACAAGGGGCAUUCAAUUAAAUUACAUUUAAAACUAAUAAGAAGAAACAUUUGUUAAUUUAACAGAGUUUACCCAUGGACCUUAUUGCCCAAUGAUAUUAUUGAGGCCAAUUGCUCAGGACUAGACAUUUUAAGGGUACUGAGAACAUCCACAAUAACAUUGGGCAGGAUAAAAAAAAUUAUAAGUGAGAUAAAUUGUCACGCUUCCAAGCCUAAACUACCCCUCACUGGCAGAGAUUAGGAAGAUUAGGGACAGGAUAAUCCAUAAUGUCCAUUAUGGGAUUUCUUGCACCUUCCUCUGAAGCAGUUAGUACCAGAUACUGUCAGGAUGGUGGACUAUAUGGACCACUGAACUGAUCUGUUAUGGCAUUCUUAUCUAGCCAAGAAGUGUUAAAGUAACCACAAAAAAUACAGCCCAAAGUCAUGGGCCUGACAAAACACAUGCCGGCCUCUCUGCUCAGUCUGUUUUAGUUACAACUGUUACUCCCAGGAGGCAGCUGCCAAGCUGGGAAGGCUAAAGAACUUGUGUCCAAAGCUAAGUAAAAUAUAGAAGCCUCCCCCCCCUUCAGUACACAUUCUUUCCUCUGAGGUCUGAGUGGGCCUCUUUGUUUAAGAGCAGGAUUAAGGCCCUGAUCCUAACAGGGACAGAGCACAUCCUGCGGAGCAAUUAUUAAAAGAGGUCUUUGUAGAGAUGGUCCCUCUCUGACAGUAAGCCCAGGCUUGAAGAAUAUGCUUCAUUUUUACUCAAUUCUGAGCUCUGCCGUGGAGUUUAUCUUCACACAUCAGCACUGCGAGGAGAGCCAAUGAACGGAAGGCAGAGCUGCUCAAUCUGCUUCCUCAAUGUUCGCUUUGGCUCUCAGCUCAGGAAACCUAGUGCUAUGAAAAGGCAGAAGAAGGAGCCUCUCCAUCUCCCAGGAGAUAAUCAGUCAGGAGCAGGUGGAGUUGGGGUGGAGGAGAGGUGGGGAAGUGGAAGAGGGAACAGAGACACUGGCUGGCAAGGACACGCUGUCACAGAGGGAAGCUCCCCACAUCUGCAGCUGGGCUUACAACAGGAUGGAUGGAGCGAGCGAGCUGUGUGAGCGAUGAAAGCAAAAGCUGACAUGAAUUGUGUUGGGAAGACUUUUUGUGCCUUCGUUCUGCUCACCAUCGCUGUGGCCAUGGUAACAAUGGAUGACAGAGUAUCUAAAAUAGCUGGUUCCAGCAUUAAUCUGAACUGUAGUAACGUUUCAGUGGUGGAUCUGGUAGCAGUAAUAUGGAAGAUAAGACCAAGGACUGGAAAUCACUGCGCACUGGCAUACAGACGUGAUCUGAACAAGACAAACAGAACAAACUGCAGUGAGAGAAUGGAUUGGAAAUAUAGUCCUGAAACUGAUAGUGCACUUCAGAUACGGCAAGUGACACUCACAGAUGAGGGAUGUUAUAGCUGUAAAACUUCAACCAGCGAUGGAACUUUCAUUCGAACCUACACUCUGACUGUAUUAAUCCCUCCUGUGGUGACCUUGACCUGUGACAGUAAAGAGACCGCUGUGUGCAAAGCAGCUGCAGGGAAACCAGCUGCACAGGUCUCUUGGGACCCAAACGGAGAUCCCAGGACCGAGCUUGAAAAUCACAGAAAUGGGACAGUGACUGUGCUCAGUAUAUACAGCCCUAGAGAGACCAGUAUAACCUGCCUGGUCUCUCAUCCGGCUUGGAACACGAGCCAAUCCAAGGAAUGCCCAUCAGAAAAUGGAAACACAUUUCUUCCAUAUUUCGCCAUCUCUGUUGGUCUCCAGGGCAUCUUCUUCAUUCUGGCUUUCAUUUUCCUCUGUAAGGUUCACCGUGGCAGAAUUUGUUGUUAAUCCAAAAUCCCUGAGUCUGCUCCCACACACAACAUGCAGGAUAGUAAUGAGCAGCAGGAGUUGGAGCCGUACGCCAGCUACGUGCAGAAGGAAAACAUGAUCUACAACACAGUGUAUGAAGUAAC